AUGGCACUGGCCCUGGUUCUGGGGCUCUUGGUGGCUGUGUGCUGCCACCCCGGUGGCACAGUGGAUGAGGAGAGCCCAGUCCGGGCAGAGCAGAACAAGGUUAUGCAGGCGGACAGGCGCAGUCCCUUUGACAUUGCCAACAGCAGAUUUGCCUUGGAAUUCUACCAGCGGGCGCUCCAGACGAGGAGAAAUGAUAAUUUCGUAUUCUCUCCCGUGAGCAUCUCCACCAGCGUGGCCUCGCUUGGCCUGGGGGCCCGAGGAACCACCCUGGCAGAGACCAUGAAAGGCCUGAAGUUCAGCCCCACACAGAGCCGCGUGCCCGACAUCCAGCGGGGCUUCCAGUACCUCGUGCGCACACUCAACCAGGUCCGCGAGCAGCUGCAGCUCAGCACGGGCAACGCCAUGUUCAUCCAAGAGCAGCUGGAGGUGCUGGCCUCGUUCCUGGAUGAUGCGCGCGCCCUGUAUGCGGCCCAGGUUGUCCCCACCGACUUUCAGCAGCCGGCAGCUGCAGAGCAGCUCAUCCAUGACUUCAUCAGGAAUGAGACCCACGGGAAGAUCCAAGACCUGAUAAGCAACCUGGACCGGGACACGGCCCUGAUUCUGGUGAAUUACAUGUUCUUGAAAGCCAAGUGGGAGACACCCUUUGACCCCGAGGAUACAUUCAAGUCUAAGUUCUACCUGAACAAGAGCCGAUCCGUGCAGGUGCCCAUGAUGAAGGUUGAGGACCUGACCGUACCAUACUUGAGGGACGAAGCGCUGUCCUGCACCGUGGUGGAGCUGAAGUACUUAGGCAAUGCCAACGCCCUCCUCAUCCUCCCCGACCAGGGCAAAAUGCAGAAGGUGGAAGCGAAGCUGCUCCCGGAGACCCUGGCCAGGUGGAGGAACAACCUGAAGCCCAGGUUCAUAAAUGAGCUCUACCUGCCCAAGUUUUCCAUGUCGGGCAGCUAUGAACUGCAGAGCAUUCUUCCCCAGAUGGGCAUCAGGGAAGUCUUCACCACACAGGAUGACCUGUCAGGAAUCACCACACGUCAGCAACUAAAGAUCGCCCAGGUGGUGCACUGCACUCUGCUUGAUGUGGCAGAGGAAGGCACUGAAGUCGUGGACACCACCAGAAUGAAAAUCAAGACUGUGUCUGCAACAGUGAACCCAACAAUUAUACGAUUCGACAGUCCCUUUCUGAUAUACAUCUACGACAAAAACAGUGACACCAUUCUCACUAUAGGCAAAGUGGCCAACCCCAGUCAGUCACAGAGCUCCUAA